CUGAAAUAUGCGCAACAAAUAGGAAGCUAUGAAGCUACGAAAAUCCACAUUGCAUACAUGAAUGGCGUCGCUCUUCAUUUCUGGAACAGAUUGCGUAUGUUUUUGAACCUACUGUUAAAGAAGCAGGAAAGAAUUGGCGCUUUGAAAAGUGAAAUGAAAAAGAAAAAUUGCACAGAAAGCGAAAUCUCUGCUGUGGUCAAAACCAUAGCAAGCCAGUGCACCAAA